GUGGGACACACGAGUUUGUUAUCAAAGCCCACGCUGAGAAGUUUGGUGCCGAGGAGACGGAGCCAGUGGGCGUGACCUGACUGGUCCAGUCAUCCCAGGGAACCUGCAAUGGCCUUCAGCAAAGGAUAUCGCAUUCACCACAAACUGGACCCGCCCCCAUACAGCGUAAUAGUGGAGUCACGGAACCGGGAAGAAUGCUUGCUGUUUGAGUCAGGAGCAGUGGCUGUUCUGUCUGCUGCAGAGAAGGGAGCCAUUAAGUCCACAUACUCUAAAAUGUUGGAUGCCUAUGGAAUUCUGGGAGUGCUGCAGCUCAACCUUGGGGACACUAUGCUCCACAGCCUCGUCCUGGUCACCGGGUGCAUGUCUAUGGGGAAGGUACAGGACUCGGAAGUGUUCCGGGUCACUUCCACUGACUUUGUGUCGCUGAGGAAUGACCCCACAGACGAGGACAAGAUUGUAGACAUCCGGAAGAUCUUGAAUUCAGGCAGCUUUUACUUUGCCUGGUCAUCCAGCGGGGCGAGCUUUGAUCUGAGUCUCAACGCCUACCGCAGGAUAAAGGAGGGUGCAACGGAUAACCGCUUCUUCUGGAACCAGUCCCUGCACCUCCACCUGAAGCACUAUGGGGUGAACUGUGACGAGUGGCUGCUCCGGCUCAUGUGCGGCGGGGUGGAGAUCCGCACCGUCUACGCUGGCCACCAGCAGGCCAAGGCCUGUGUCAUCUCCCGCCUCAGCUCCGAGAGGGCCGGCACGCGCUUCAACGUCCGCGGCAUCAACGAUGACGGCCAGGUGGCCAACUUCGUGGAGACGGAACAGGUGAUCUUCCUAGAUGACAAGGUGUCUUCCUUCAUUCAAAUCCGUGGAUCUGUACCUUUGUUCUGGGAGCAGCCUGGUAUUCAGGUUGGCUCACAUCGUGUGAGGCUGUCGCGUGGGUUUGAAGCAAACGCACCAGCCUUUGAAAGGCACUUCGACUCGCUCAGAGGGCUGUAUGGCAACCAGGUGGUGGUCAACCUGCUGGGGAUCAAGGGAGGGGAGCAGCUGCUGAGCAGGGCGUAUCAGAGUCAUCUGAAGGCGUCAGUGCAUGCCUCAGCAGUGAAGAUGGUCAACUUCGACUACCACCAGAUGGUGAGGGGGGGAAAAACGGACAAGCUGCAAAAUGUCCUGCAUCCUCAGGUCAGCAGGUUCCUGGAGGAGUGCGGCUUCUUCGCCUACUCCGGGGAAGGGGGUGUCCAGAGAUGCCAGACUGGUACCAUCCGUGUUAAUUGUCUGGAUUGCCUGGAUAGAACCAACAGUGUGCAAACAUUCUUUGGACUAGAGAUGGUCCAGCAACAGCUGGAGGACCUGGGGCUGACAGAGAAGCUGGUGGGCCGUUUCCAGGAAGCUUUCCGCACCAUGUGGUCUCUGAAUGGGGACUCCAUCAGCAAGAUCUAUGCUGGGACAGGAGCGCUGGAAGGAAAGGCUAAGGGCGGAAAGCUGAAAGAUGGUGCUCGUUCGGUCACCAGAACCAUCCAGAACAACUUCUUUGACAGCUCCAAGCAGGAGGCUAUCGACUGCCUGCGCCUGGGCAGCACUCUGAACACUGACCUCGCGGACAAAGCCAGAGCCCUGCUCACCACCAGCAGUCUGAACGCGUCCCCUGGGGUUCUCCUGGGGAUGUGUGAGAGCCAGCACAGGUUCACCAGGCCCAGGCAGGUGAGGGUGUGUGUGGGCACCUGGAAUGUCAACGGCGGGAAGCAGAUCCGCAGCAUUAACUACCGCAGCGAGAUGCUCUAUGAGUGGCUGCUGGAUGCCCCAAAGUUAGCGCAGAAUGCGAGUUUUCGAGGUAGUAAAGCCAACCCUAUAGACAUUUUUGCCAUUGGAUUUGAAGAAAUGGUAGAACUGAACGCAGGCAACAUUGUCAGUGCCAGCACUACCAAUCAGAAGCUCUGGGCAACUGAACUGCAGAAGACUGUCUCAAGGGAUCACAAAUAUGUUCUGCUAGCCUCAGAACAGCUUGUGGGAGUUUGUCUCUUUAUUUUCAUUCGGCCCCAGCAUGCACCAUUCAUUCGGGACGUUGCCAUUGACACUGUGAAGACUGGCAUGGGCGGAGCCACGGGGAACAAGGGGGCGGUGGCCGUUCGCAUGCUCUUCCACUCCAGCAGCAUCUGCUUCGUCUGCUCGCACUUCGCCGCUGGCCAGUCGCAGGUCAAGGAGAGAAACGACGACUACAACGAGAUCUCCCGCAAACUCAGCUUCCCCAUGGGCAGGAUGUUGCACUCCCACGAUUACAUUUUCUGGUGCGGAGACUUCAACUACCGCAUCAAUCUGUCUGGCGAGGAGGUGAAAGAACUGGUUGGAAAGCAGAAAUGGGAGACCCUGACAGCCAGCGACCAGCUCAAGGAGCAGAGGGACGCUGGACAGGUUUUCAAAGGGUUUAUUGAAGGACCAAUACAGUUCCCACCCACCUAUAAGUACGACUUGUUCUCAGAUGAAUAUGACACCAGUGAGAAGUGUCGAACACCUGCGUGGACAGACCGUGUGCUCUGGAAAAGAAGGAAAUGGAACUAUCUCAGUCCUGCAGAUGAAGAGACGGAUCUGGUGCAUGCAACUGUUAGUGAUGAGGAGCUUGAACGCUUUUGGAGUCCAGGAACUCUUCAAUAUUAUGGCAGAGCAGAACUGAAGAUGUCAGAUCAUAGGCCGGUCGUAGCCAUCAUAGAUGUUGAUGUUCUGGAGGUGGACGCAGAGGCCCGUUACCAGGUUUAUAGGGAGGUGAUGGAACUCCAGGGACCGCCAGAUGGCACAGUGCUCGUGUCCCUGUGGGACGCCGGAGAGGGGGACUGCUUUGACGACGCCAUGAUUGAACACCUGCUCAAUGAGUUUGCAGCCUUUGGGGAGGUCAUUCUCAUCAGAUUCGUGGAGGAGAAAGUCUUGGUCACAUUUCUCGAUGGCUACUCCGCCCUGGCUGCACUAUCCCUGAAUGCCACCACAAUUCUUGGGAAGACCAUCGAGGUGCAGCUGAAAAAUCCCGACUGGGCCAGGAGCUUGGAGGGUGAUAUGAGUGCGGACUUCGGCGAAGUCCCAUCCUCCUCGGGCUCCACUCUGCUGGCCGAGGAUGCUGACCUGGGUGGAGACUACGACAUGGAGGAUGAUGUGGAAGACUACAGUGAGGAGGUGGAGGAGGCUGUGUCCCAGCAACUGCAGCCUGGCGUGGGCACAGGGCCUGGAACAUCGCCCACCUCUUCACCCAGGAGCAGCCCCUGUCCCUCCCCCACGCUGGACCCUGCACCCCCCAGCUGGCCCACCCGAGCAGCCCCGCCCCCGCGGCCUGCAGGACCCUGGCAGGACAUGCCUGCUGAUCCCCAGCCAAUCAGUGCCCCCUCAUCUCAAGGGCUGGAGCCCAAACGACCCCCACCCCCACGACCCAGUGCACCCCCUUCCCGGCCGGCACCCCCCCAGAGGCCCCCGCCUCCCUCAGGUCGCGGCCAGCCUCCUCCAGGCGUCCCAAGGACGAACGUUCCUCCACGAGCAGGGACCCUCAGGCCCCAGCCACCAGCCCACCAGGGUGCCCCCAGACCCAUCAGAGACGUCCAUCCUGGAGCUCCCAGACCCAUCAAAGCCACCAACCCUGGAGCCCCCAGACCCAUCCCUGAGGCUCAUCCAGGGGCCCCCAAAACCAACACAGAACCUGAAAGCACAGCAACAGGGCCGUCACAAGUGCCGCCCUUGCUUCCGGAGCCUCUGAAGCCCGAGAUGGCGCCUCCCCGGCGGCCACAGGCAGCCACACCUCCUGUUCAGGCCAUCCCAGAGCCUCUGCCCCCACCCCCGGCACGGCUCCACCCAAAGCGCACAGUGCCACCGGCGGCCCCGCCUGUGCCGUCCCUCCAGCCAGUUCCCCUUCAGCCUGUCCCAGCUCAGGCCUCAAUAACUCCUCCCCUUAGCAGCAGCUCCUCCCACACCCCAUCUCCAGAGCCUACCACCACCUCAGAGUCUAAUGGACUGAACGGACUCCAGAGUGAUGCACUGUGGAAAUCUGACCCUUUCGACACACUCACCUCCGACCUGCUGUCGUCCACUCCCUGGCUGAACACCCAGUCCCUAACGAGGGGCUCCUCUCUGAGGCCGACACCCGCCCCGUCUGUCGCACCCCUCCCCACGUCACUGUCACUGCACUCCACGCCUCUCUCAUCCCUGCAGGACUUCUCCAGUGGCCAGGACACCGCAUGCUCCUUCCAGCUGUGCCCCCCCGUCCCCACACGCAGCAAGUCCCAGGAGACCCUGCGCACCUCACCCAACCCCUUCCUACCCAGCAGCCAGCCGGCGGGCAGCACCAACCCUUUCACCGGCCUGCAGGCGGUGACCCAGCAGCGCUCCCUUACCCCUGACUUCAGCGCCCACGCGCUAGCCUCCAAGCCCACGCUUCAUCAGAGUGCGUCAGCGUCCUCCUUACUGGCCCCUCAGCCGGUCCCCGCCCCAGCCGCGCGCGUCCAGCAGUGGGUGACAUUCGAUGAUGACUCCGACUUUUCUGUGCCGGGGAGGCCUCAGGCAGCCGUGGCCCCGCCCCUGCCCAGCGCCGCCCCCAGCGUUAGCAUCGCCCCUCCACACACACAGGGCAUCUUCCCCACCUCUGGGUUUGACUCCACCCUCAACUGGGGAGCCCCUCCUCCCUCUGUGUUCUCAGGAAUCCCCCCUCCUAUUCCUGCAAGGGCAAACUCAGGAAACCCUCAAAUUCCACUGAGACCAAGCAAUAGCGUUUCCUCCAAGGAUUUCACAGAAAGAUAGGGAAACUGACUUAAAUGGUGUAGAAUAUUAUUUUGGAGAAAAAAAAUUGUGUACAUACUGUGUAAGUCAUUUAGAAAUGUAUUUGAUCAGAAUCAUAAAUAUUUUUUCUUAAUCAAAAAUGGUGGGAGGGGAAAUGUUAUAUGCAUAAGGGAUUUUUUGAAGAGACACUUCUGACAGUGCUUUGGUAACAUGGGUUUCUUUUAAUUUGCUUGCAAAAUUAGUUGUCAAGCUUCUGUCAAGUAAUUUACACACCAUAAUUUGAUGUGCAUUUUAUUCUGAGUGGAACUGCGUCUCUGUGUACAUCUGCUGUAUGUCUAUAUAUAGAUGUGUUUUUAUGCUUGUAUACAUAUAUAACACUUUUUGUGUGAAUUUGGUGCAAUAUGUAGUUGUAUGACCACAUUGCUCCCAGUGAUAUAUUGGUUCAAAUAGUGUGUUUCUAAAUAUUGACUACCUUUCCAACAUGAAUACACACAUCAAAACUGAACAUAGCCUUGAAAAUACAGACUUAAACGGGAUGGUCAAACCAAAUAUGCAGCAGCUUUGCGUUUAUGGGAAUUACGCUGGAGAGCAAUGGUUGUCAUCAGCUACGGAAAACUGGGGUAUAGAUGGAUUACAUUUUCCCCAUCUUUUCAUCACAGUUCUCUCUCCACUCAUCGGUUUGUCAAAGAAGCAUUUGCUCAUGUCAUUCUGAACCAAACAGAAUCUCAGGGUCCUUUCUGAUCACUUUUUGUAAUGUUUUAACAAAUGUACGUCAGCGGAGAUCUCCUGCAGUGAAGAUCUCACACUUGAGCUGCUGUUGGGCCUUGUGUAUCUAAGCCUCAACUGCAGACUGCCAUUACCAAAUGGUCAUGUUGAAUGCACUGCUCAGCUGUUCCGAUGACACCAGGCUGUGGGCGGGUCAAACAGCUGAGACAGCAGGAGCAGUACAAGGCUUUGGUUAUACACCCGCUCCUGAAAUUUCUGCACACACUGGACAUGCAUUCCUUUCAGCGACUCUGGGAGCUGGUUUUACUUUAAAAAAGAAUUAACAAUGUUCAAACAGUUUGCUUAAUAUCAGGUACUGUUCUUGCUAUGACCACACGGUGGCACACAUUUUUACAUAGCGGUGGCUUUAUUGAGCAGCCCUUGGUCAAGCUGGCUGUAACUGUACCAUGGCUGGAGGAGGGUUUGAGAUCAUGCCUGACAGGAGGUAGUGAAAGUAUGGCAGAUCAUUUCAUUAUUUUGUAUAUGAGUACAUUUGAGAUGUGCAAAGUGGUAUGGCAGGAAGUUUGUUUUUGUUCUGUCUAAUCAUUAAUGGUGUGUGGGUGUGUGUGAGGAUUAAACAUUGAUAUCCAACCUCAUUUUCUAGCAGCUGGAUACAUUUCAUUUCCAUCUA